AUCAGCUAAAUCCUGUAAAGUAACCUUCUUUUUAUUUUCUCUCUAUAUUAUGAGAAUAUCAGAUGUUUGCAAGUUAUAAAGAAUUAAAAUGCCCUUUAAUCGUGAGCACAGAUGUGCUAAAUAUUUGAAGCAACUACAUUGUAAUGUGUACAAUUGAUGAAGUCAGUUUUCUGAUUUCCCUUGCUAGUUAUUUAGUUCUGAAUCUGUCAUUAUUUGUCUAAGCCCAGCUGACCAAGCAAAACUGUGUUUUAAAGUGGCUUUAUGUUUUGAUAAAUGUGAGCUGGUUGAAAAGUAUUUUCCACUGAAUGCAGAGCUUAAUAGAACAUGCUGACAUAAUAGUUUUAAUGCAUUUUGUUGAAAAUGUGUGAACAAACAGAAUAGCUUUUGUUCCUUCAUAAUUGGCUGUAAAAGUAGAUGGAAACAUAACCAUUACAUAUGGAAAUGUGCAAAGAGAAAGAAAUAACGUUUCUGUUGAAUAUAUUAGGAAUUGCAUUUCCUAGUUUAAAAUAAGCAUCUGAGAUGGAUGCAUCAUUUAAAAUUGGUUGUCAAAAUAAGAAGCUUUAGACAGAAUUUUUGUCACAUUAUUUUUGUCCCAAGUGAAGCAACAUAACUUUAGCGAAUUUCGUUUAAUAUUUUGUUGAUAUUAUUUUAAGGCAGGGAGAGAGACAGAAAGUGCUUAAAACAGCACCUUGAAGGUGCAUAGGAAUCCUGUGCCGAGUUAGGGUGAUUAAACAUUAAAUUAAAACUGAAUCAUUAUUGGUAUGUUCUGCUACAACUCAGAUUUGUUUGGUAUUGUUAACGCAUUUUGCACUAUACCCUUGUGGAGAUUAAAAGAUGGGUAUUAGGAAAGCUGGCUUGUUAAGUAGAACUUAGCUACUCAAAUAACACUCCCAGUGAAUAGAGUGGCAUAUACUGGCAUACUUUACCAGCGCUCUAACCGGCAUCACUCAAGGCAGACAGAGUUAAGGAAUUUUCAGAAGUUAGUAUUUGGAUAUUAAUUAUAUUUUCUGGAAUGCAAAACUACUCAAGCUUGCUUUCUUUCUUUUCUCUCUCUCUCUCUCUCUUUUUUUUUUUCCCCCCUUUUUGAUGUUUACUACAAAGAGGGCAAAUGGCUGGCUCUUUUGAGUUGACUCUUAAGUUUACCCAAAAAAAGCAGCAUUUUGAUUUUGCAUUUAUUCAUAUUUGCAAUUAGUUUUUUUUUUUUUUCCCUGCAAGUUUUCCGGUAGGUUCAAUUUGGAAGUCAUGGAAACUAACUAUUAUCUGAUUCAGUUCUGCAGAAAAGCAUGCAGGGAGGUAAUCCUUGAAUUAAACAGUUUUUUUUUUUUUCCACAGCCUUCGGAGAUGACCACACACCAUUUGUACAACAGAAGUUGGUGUUCCCCAUGCUGGGCAAACAAUGGGACGCCAUCCUGUCUUUGAAUAGGAUGUUAGCUUGGAGUUGGAGAUUUUUAUGUUUAAUUUACAAAUGGAUCUUAGUGAGAAGAAAUCUGAGCAACCAGUGGAAACAAACAUGAAAUAAAGGGAUUUUAUAAUGAAAGGUUCAGGACAAUCUGUUAAACAAUUGAUAACAGUUAAGAGCAAACUGUUUUUAAAGGCAUUCAGACGGGGAGAAUGGCGAAGCAUUUCCAAACUGGAAACCAAGAAUUAUUUCUUCGCCUUCCCUUAACUGCACUUCUUUAAGCUGAUGUUUAAUCAGAAAUGUAAAUCUUGUGCCAGUUUUUAUAGAUGCAAAGAGCAAUUUUGAUGGAAUAUUUAGAGGCAUGAUAUUGCCAUUUGAAGCAUGGUGGCAUAUAUUCCUUGAUUAGUGGAGUGGUAGCCACGGUUGCAUUCUUUACUUUUAAAAAUAAACGUGCCAUGGGGUGAUAUAUAGGUGCCAGGCAGGCCUUGUAACGGAUUAUGACCAUUGUGUUUCUCUGGGGUGCGCGCGUGUGCACGUGGGCGUGCACGCAUUGCUUUCUCUUUUGUAUUCAACUGAGUCCCGAGCUGUCUGGAGGAUUUGUUACUGAUGUGGCUACAGUGUGUUUGUCACGAAUCAGACUUAGCUCAGGUUCUAGGUAGGGGCUGGAGGUGAUUUUCAAGUUGUCAGUCUUCAGCCUGGUGAUACGCAUUUUUUUUUUCCCCUUGUCAACCACUGAUUGGAACCUGAAUGACUACAAAUUAGUUUAGUGACAGAACAAACUGUCACAGAUAUCUUUGAAUCAGUUGAAAAUGAAUAAGGUUGACAGAAACUCAGGAGCCUAAUAAGUCCUCAGGAUGGUGGCUGGACCCUCUCUGGAUGAGCAGACAAUAAGGUGUAUAAAUAUUGGAAAUCAAUAUUUUGCUAUGGAAUUUCAUUAUGCACCGAUGUCCGCAGUUCAUAGUAUUUUAUAUUUUGAUGGAUGACCUGAAGGCCGUGGCUCUCUGAGAUACCAUCUUGAUAGGAAGGCCUUCAACAUCCUUAAAAUUUAAUUAUGAGCGUUCUUAGGGAAUAUUGAUUGUGUUUCAGGGGCCCUAGUUUUGAGUUUCCAGGGUAGAAAAGAGUUGCCUGACCUCUUCCUCUCGUGUCGAAGUCAUAGAUGGCUCUGGGUGUCCCAGUUCCCUCGCUAACCCGUCUCCUUCUGACAUUUGCAGGAGACACGGAGAAGGGUCAACCCAAUCGCACCCCCAAGAGCAAGGACGCCCACGUCUGCGGCCGGUGCUGCGCCGAGUUCUUUGAAUUAUCAGAUCUUCUGCUCCACAAGAAGAACUGUACUAAAAACCAAUUAGUUUUAAUCGUCAAUGAGAGUCCCGCCUCCCCACCCGAAACCUUCUCCCCCAGCCCCACUCCCGAGAACCCUGAGGAACAAAUGAGCGACCCGGUGAACAAAGCAGAGCAGGUCGACGGCAGUGACCUUCCGGAGCACCACGGACCGGACAGGGACGAGUCCAUGGAGGUGGAGGCCCCGGUGGCUAACGCGGGCGGCAGUGGCACCCUGAGUGGCAGUGCCAGCAGCGCCACCCCGAGCUGCGGCAGCAGCUCCUCCACAGGUACCUCAGCGAUCACAACCUCUCUACCUCAACUCGGGGACCUGACGACACUGGGCAACUUCUCCGUGAUCAACAGCAAUGUCAUCAUUGAGAACCUCCAGAGCACCAAGGUGGCAGUGGCCCAGUUCUCCCAGGAAGCAAGGUGCACGGGGGCCUCUGGAGGCAAGCUGGCCGUCCCCGCCCUGAUGGAGCAGCUCUUAGCGCUGCAGCAGCAGCAAAUCCACCAGCUGCAACUGAUCGAACAGAUUCGUCACCAAAUAUUGCUGUUGGCAUCUCAGAAUGCAGACCUGCCAACAUCUUCUAGUCCUUCUCAAGGUACUUUACGAACAGCUGCCAACCCCUUGUCCACACUAAGUUCCCAUUUAUCUCAGCAGCUGGCGGCAGCAGCUGGGUUAGCACAGAGCCUUGCUAGCCAAUCUGCCAGCAUCAGCGGUGUGAAACAGCUCCCCCCCAUCCAGCUACCUCAGAGCGGUUCUGGCAACACCAUCAUUCCACCCCAGUCCCACAGCGGCUCUUCCCCCAACGUGAACGUGCUGGCGGCAGCAGGUCCCACCCCAUCCUCAGAAAAAGUGGCUCCGAGUACUGGUGCCUCCCACGCCAGCAGCCCGGCAGUCUCAGCAUCGUCCUCACCAGCUUUUGCAAUAAGCAGUUUAUUGAGUCCUGCGUCUAAUCCACUUCUACCUCAGCCGGCCCCUGCUAACUCGGUUUUCCCCGGCCCUUUGCCCAACAUCGGCACGACGGCAGAGGAUUUAAACUCCUUGUCUGCCUUGGCCCAGCAGAGGAAAAGCAAGCCACCAAAUGUCACCGCCUUCGAAGCGAAAAGCGCUUCCGACGAGGCGUUCUUCAAACACAAGUGCAGGUUCUGCGCGAAGGUCUUCGGCAGCGACAGUGCCUUGCAGAUCCACCUCCGCUCCCACACCGGGGAGAGGCCCUUCAAGUGCAACAUCUGCGGGAACAGGUUCUCCACCAAGGGGAACCUCAAAGUCCACUUUCAGCGCCACAAAGAGAAAUACCCUCACAUCCAGAUGAACCCCUACCCCGUGCCUGAGCAUCUGGACAACAUCCCCACUAGUACCGGCAUCCCCUACGGCAUGUCCAUUCCUCCUGAAAAGCCAGUCACCAGCUGGCUAGACACCAAACCGGUCCUGCCCACUCUGACCACGUCCGUCGGUCUGCCGUUGCCCCCAACCCUCCCGAGCCUCACCCCCUUCAUCAAGACCGAAGAGCCAGCCCCGAUCCCCAUCAGCCAGUCUGCCGCCAGCCCCCCGGGCUCCGACAAAAGUGACUUGGGGGCCCCCGAGCCGGCCCUGAGAAACCCGGGUGGGCUCCCGGAGGAAGCUGAGGGCCCCACUGGGCCACCCUCCAGUGGCAAAACUGAAGAGAGUGGCGGGGUCACCAGCUCAGCCCCAGCCCUGAGCGCAGGUGCACUGAGCUCCCUUGCGCCCGACAGUGGCCCGGGUGGCACCUCCACCUUCACCAACCCUUUGUUGCCGCUCAUGUCCGAGCAGUUCAAGGCAAAGUUUCCUUUCGGGGGACUCUUGGACUCCACCCAGGCCUCAGAGACAUCCAAGCUUCAGCAACUGGUGGAAAACAUUGACAAGAAGGCCACUGACCCCAAUGAGUGCGUCAUCUGCCACCGGGUCCUCAGCUGUCAGAGCGCCUUGAAGAUGCACUACAGGACCCACACGGGGGAGAGGCCCUUUAAGUGCAAGAUCUGUGGCCGGGCUUUCACCACGAAAGGGAACCUGAAAACCCACUACAGCGUGCAUCGCGCUAUGCCCCCGCUCCGAGUCCAGCACUCCUGCCCCAUCUGCCAGAAGAAGUUCACGAACGCUGUUGUGCUACAGCAGCACAUUCGAAUGCACAUGGGAGGCCAGAUCCCCAACACCCCAGUCCCUGACAGCUACCCCGAGUCCAUGGAGUCUGACACCGGCUCCUUCGAUGAGAAGAAUUUCGAUGACCUGGACAACUUCUCCGAUGAAAACAUGGAAGACUGUCCCGAGGGCAGCAUCCCGGACACGCCCAAGUCCGCGGAUGCAUCCCAAGACAGCCUGUCUUCCUCGCCUCUGCCUCUUGAGAUGUCGAGCAUCGCCGCUUUGGAAAAUCAGAUGAAGAUGAUCAAUGCUGGCCUGGCUGAGCAGCUGCAGGCCAGCCUGAAGUCGGUGGAGAACGGGUCCGUCGAGGGGGACAUCCUGACCAACGAUUCAUCCUCGGUGGGCGGUGACAUGGAGAGCCAAAGUGCUGGCAGCCCGGCCAUCUCAGAGUCUACCUCUUCCAUGCAGGCUCUGUCCCCAUCCAACAGCACCCAGGAGUUCCACAAGUCACCCGGCGCCGAGGAGAAGCCACAGAGAGCAGCAGCAAGUGAGUUCGCCAACGGUUUGUCUCCCACCCCAGUGAAUGGUGGGGCUUUGGAUCUGACAUCGAGUCACACCGAGAAAAUCAUCAAAGAAGAUUCUUUGGGGAUCCUCUUCCCUUUCAGAGACCGGGGGAAAUUUAAAAACACUGCUUGCGACAUUUGUGGCAAGACAUUUGCUUGUCAGAGUGCCUUGGACAUUCACUACAGAAGUCAUACCAAAGAGAGACCAUUUAUUUGCACAGUUUGUAAUCGUGGCUUUUCCACCAAGGGUAAUUUGAAGCAACACAUGUUGACACAUCAGAUGCGAGAUCUACCAUCACAGCUCUUCGAGCCCAGUUCCAACCUUGGCCCCAAUCAGAACUCGGCGGUGAUUCCCGCCAACUCGUUGGCAUCUCUUAUCAAAACAGAGGUCAACGGCUUUGUGCAUGUUACUCCUCAGGACAAUAAGGACACCCCCGCCAGCCACGUUCCUGCUGGGCCUCUGUCAUCCUCCGCCACGUCCCCAGUGCUGCUCCCAGCUCUGCCCAGGAGAACCCCCAAACAGCACUACUGCAACACGUGUGGCAAGACCUUCUCCUCGUCGAGCGCCCUGCAGAUUCACGAGAGAACUCACACUGGAGAGAAACCCUUCGCUUGCACGAUUUGUGGGAGAGCCUUCACCACAAAAGGCAAUCUGAAGGUACACAUGGGCACUCACAUGUGGAAUAGCACCCCUGCCCGCCGGGGUCGGCGGCUCUCCGUGGAUGGCCCCAUGACAUUUCUAGGAGGCAAUCCUGUAAAGUUCCCAGAAAUGUUCCAGAAGGAUUUGGCGGCCAGGUCAGGCAGUGGGGAUCCUUCCGGGUUCUGGAAUCAGUAUGCAGCAGCGCUCUCCAACGGGCUGGCGAUGAAGGCCAAUGAGAUCUCUGUCAUCCAGAACGGGGGCAUCCCUCCCAUUCCGGGCAGCCUGGGCAGCGGGAGCAGCUCGCCGGUCAGUGGGCUGACCGGGAACCUGGAGAAGCUCCAGAACUCAGAGCCCAACGCACCCCUGGCCGGCCUGGAGAAGAUGGCAAGCAGCGAGAACGGGACCAGCUUCCGAUUCACCCGCUUCGUGGAAGACAGCAAAGAGAUCGUCACGAGUUAAAGGCACCCGGGCAGGAGGAAGAAAGAGCCUUCCUGUUCAGAAGGAGACCCACGGUGGCCUCCAGCUCCUCACCCCGUGCCCCCCAGUUUCUGGUCCCCCCACCCCCCGCCCGAUCUCUGAACUACAACAUUCUGCAGACAUUCUUUUGUACUUCGUUCAACUUCUAGAGUUCCAAGAAAGCUUAUUUAUUAGUGAUAUAACCUUGCUUUGCAAACAGAAUGCAAGCGUUAACUUUGGUCUUCUGUAUUUUGGGACUAAAUACUAAUUGACUAGCGUCCUGUAAACUUGCUGUAACAUUUAUGGCAACUGCAAGUUGCCCUGCUAGGCGGUCUUAAUCUGGCAUUAACUUAUUUUCCAUAUCCAGUUUAAUAUGAAUCUGGUGUUGAUGCAAUGCCUCAGUGAUGCAUUAGAUCUCUAAUAAAGUCUGUAUAUAAAUGUACACUUUGAUCCUGCUGGAGAAUUUUAUCAGCAAACACAUUGUCUAAUCUUUUGAAACAAAUUUAAGGAAAGGACUGAAAGUACAGACUGAACUGUGUGGUUCUUUGAAAGGUUUGGGGUUUUUUGUUUUUUGUUUUUGUUUGGUUGUUUUUUUUUUUAAUUUUGAUUCUAAAAUUCAAUCUGCCUUUUUUUUUUGUAGAUUUAACCAUUUCCGUUUUGAACUGCUAUUUGUAUUGUGCUUUUUACUUGAGUCGUCCUCAAUGUUAAUAAGUUUCUGUACAGUGAUAAGCACGCAGAAUUCUUUAGAGAAAAUACCAGUGUUGUUUUGGUAGUUGAAACUGAGACGUAACAUUUUGCCUUGUAGGUAUAUUCACAAUAGAAAAUGUGUGCUGGAAUUUCACAAUGCUGCUAAGUAUAGCAUCUUGAACAACCUUCAGUGGAGAAAAUGUAGAUGCUCUUGUAUAUACGAUAAGAAGUAUCACUUUCAUUAAAAUGUACAUAUGUUCCUUACAAGAGCAAAUGCUUCUUCUUGAUCAAGAGAGCAGGUAUAGUGUUCGUUUAUUUUGUAUUAGGUAUGGAAGAAAAAAAUUGGACUGUUACAUGCACUUUCUUGGAAAGUUGAAAGGAAGGGGGGGGUCCAAUUUCUUUAACAUUUAAUACUUACUAACAACAGAGAUACUGUAAUUUUACUCAAGUAAUCAAAUACAUUUUUUUUGCAACAGA